AUGACGCUGGGAGGCCUUGUUGCGCGCUUGGCGCGGCAGAACGCCAAGUCGGUUGCGUCAGGAAAGCUUCCUUUUAGGACAUUUGUGACCGGAUCUACUCCCGCGCUUGCUGCUGCACCUAAGGGCCUGCAGCAGUUCUCAAUAUACCGAUGGGAUCCCGACCAGAACGAGAAGCCGCGUCUUCAGACCUACACCAUAGACACAAAGGAAUGCGGACCCAUGAUUCUUGACGCUCUGAUUAAGAUUAAGAACGAGGUCGACCCGACUCUCACAUUCCGCAGAUCUUGCCGGGAAGGGAUCUGCGGUUCUUGCGCGAUGAACAUUAACGGCGCGAACGGCCUCGCAUGUCUCACCAAGAUCGAAGCAUCUCCUGGAGCUUCUAUUCCAAUCACUCCGUUACCCCAUAUGUUCGUCAUUAAAGAUCUCGUGGUGGAUAUGACUCAGUUCUACCAGCAGUAUAAGUCCAUCGAGCCGUGGCUGAAGACCAAGAAGCUGCCGGAAGAUGGAAAGGAAUUUCUUCAGACUAAGGAAGACCGGGCUAAGCUUGACGGCAUGUAUGAGUGCAUCCUGUGCGCGUGCUGCAGCACCUCGUGCCCCAGCUAUUGGUGGAACCCUGAGAAGUACCUCGGACCGUCUGCGCUUCUGAAUGCCAACAGGUGGAUCAUGGACAGCCGUGAUGAGUAUACCAAGCAGCGGCUUGAUGAUUUGAAUGAUCCAUUCAAGCUGUACCGUUGCCACACCAUUAUGAACUGCACCAAGGCGUGUCCCAAGGGGUUGAGUCCAGGAAAACAGAUCGCCAACAUCAAGCGCCUGAUGGUGACCAAAAGCUGA